AUGGAUUCGGCAAGAACGUGUCAGCCUGCCAACGAUUGGUUCCGUCUCAGUUCCCGAAUUCGCAAUGAGAGCAGGGUACGCGUAAAGUCGCGUGAGCAUCGCAACGAUUGGUUCGGUCGCGAGCGAGCGAAGUCACAUUUUGAAGCUGCUGCGGCAGCCCCAAAAAACUAUAUAAGAAAGUGCUUUCCACAGCAAGUUUUCUUCACAAUUUCAGCACACGACUACGAACACGAACACGAAUACGAAUACGAAUACGACCACGAAUACGAAUACGAAUACGAAUACGAAUACGAAUACGAAUACGAAUACGAAUACGAAUACGAAUACGAAUACGAAUACGAAUACGAAUACGAAUACGAAUACGAAUACGAAUACGAUUACGACCACGAUUUUAGCUUAGUAUUAGGAUAG